GGUUUUGGUAACACCGGCUGUUUGGCAUGUAUUCGCGCUUGACGCUUUGGACUGUAGCCUGAAGUAUACUUUUAAUAACUAUACUUUAUUAAAUCUAUCUUUAAACAAACAUCCUUAAAGUGUUGUUUGAAUUCACCAACGAAUAUGAGAUCAGGUGUCACUACAGUCUUAUUCUAGGGAUGAACUUUGGAUUAGUACACGCCCCGAAUCCGGGGACAAGUGAGUGAGCACAACACAGCAGGUCGUUGGGAUAUGUUUGUGGCUGCCUUAUUCAGAAGAAGUUUUGAUUUUUGUUACGGAAUAUUCACGAUAUGCAGUGUGUACGAAGACAACCAGCGCGGACCAAAUCUCAAGAGUCCUUAUACCGAGCGCAGAUGAAAACAACCUCGAGAAACAACAUGAAACGUCUCGGUUUGGAGGGUGACGGGGAGCUGCAGUUCCUGAUGAAUGGCGGAGAUCUUGUGAAAGUCCGUUCGGGAUCAUGGAAAAAGACACGCUACUACAAACUACAGGAGGACUGCAAGACCAUGUGGCAUGAAUCCAAAAAGACCUUGAAGUCCAAACAGACAUUCUCUGUUGAGGACAUUGACGAGGUACGAACAGGUCGGCAUACGGAGGGUUUGAGGAAAUACACAGAGGAUUCAGUGGAGGGUCGAGCGUUCUCCAUCCUGUUUAAGGGCCGACAGAAGGGCCUGGACCUGAUCGCCAGCUCUGAGGAGGAAGCCAAGAAGUGGGUCGGCGGUUUGGAGAAGGUCAUCUCAAACAUAAAGAACCUCACUCCUCAGAAGAAAACAGAGCACUGGAUCUACAGCUGUUUGCGUAAAGCAGAUACAAACUUUGAUAACAAGAUCAGUCAGAAAGAGAUGAAGAGCUUUCUACAAGACAUCAACAUUGAGGUGGAUGAAGACUACGCUGAAAUGCUCUUUCAGAAAUGUGACAAAUCAAAGUGCGGAUUCCUGGAGGGCAAGGAGAUUGAGCAUUUCUAUGAAAUCCUGACACAAAGAGAGGAGAUUGAUGUCAUCUAUGGAGAGUAUGCAAAGACAGAUGGUCUCAUGAGCGCCGCUGACCUGGUCAACUUCCUGUUGAAUGAACAGAGAGAAGACGUGUCUCAGAAUGAUGCCCUUCAGCUUAUUGAGAAAUAUGAACUUGAUGAAAAUGCCAAAGCCAAACAGCAAAUGACAAAGGAUGGCUUCCUCAUGUACUUGCACCAGCUGGAGGGGCUGAUCUUUAACCCGGCUCAUAAAGGUGUUUACCAGGACAUGAACCAGCCUCUCAACCAUUACUUCAUCUCCUCCUCUCACAACACAUACCUGCUGGAGGACCAGCUCAAAGGACCCAGCAGCACUGAGGCAUAUAUAAAAGCACUUCUGAAGGGCUGCCGCUGUGUGGAGUUGGACUGCUGGGAUGGAUCAGAUGGAGAGCCGGUCAUUUACCAUGGAUACACUCUCACCUCAAAGGUCCUCUUCAAAGAUGUGAUCAAAGCCAUUCAAGAAUAUGCCUUUAAGACGUCUGAGUAUCCUGUGAUCCUAUCUUUGGAGAACCACUGCAGUGUGGAGCAGCAGAAGAUCAUGGCUCAGCACUUGAUCUCCAUCCUGGGUAGUGCUCUGGUCACCAAACCCCUCGGAGAUCAGAUGCCGACAUGCCUCCCUUCCCCAGAGGAGCUCAAAGGCCGGUUCAUAGUCAAAGGGAAAAGACUAGACAAACUUGAGGACAUGUUUGCAGAAGAGUCCAAAACAGCAGAGGAAGAAAGUGUAACGGAGGAAGAAGAUGAUGAAGGUGAUGAAGAAGACCAGGAAAAGAAGUCUAGUAAAACAAAGUCGCUGAAGUUGGCGAAGGAGCUGUCUGAUAUCGUGAUCUAUUGCAAGAGUGUCCACUUCCGUGGGUUUGAGGAUUCCCGGGACAAGCAGUCCUUUUAUGAGAUGGCCUCCUUCAAAGAGGGAAAAGCUGUGAAACUGGCGGAGGAAUCAGUGAACGAUUAUAUCCGUCACAAUAUAGACAAACUCAGCCGGAUUUACCCAGCAGGACUGAGGACGGACUCCUCAAACUAUAACCCAGUGCCUCUGUGGAACGCAGGCUGUCAGAUAGUGGCCCUUAACUUCCAGACGCCCUGCCCAGAGAUGGAUCUGAACCAGGGGCUCUUCCUCCAGAACGGACAGAGUGGUUACAACCUCAAGCCUUCUUACCUACGAGACCGAGACACUAAAUUUGACUCAAUGACUCUUCCCGAUGGACCGUGGUUAAAGAAUAAGACUCUUCAUGUGAUGGUGAUCACAGCCCAACAGUUACCCAAAGUGAGCAAAAGGAAGUCCUCCAUUGUUGAUCCCAUUGUGAAAGUGCAGAUCUAUGGUGUGCCGGCCGAUACUGCUGCGAUGGAAACGCUGUACAUUGAGAAUAACGGCUUCAACCCCAUGUGGAAUGAGAACUUCCAGUUUGAUGUGCGUGUGCCAGAUCUAGCCCUUGUGCGCUUUUUGAUUGAGGACUACGACUCCGGUUCGAACAAUGAAUUUAUUGGCCAGUACACACUUCCCUUUAACAGCCUAAAGAAUGGAUAUCACCACGUGCCACUACUCAAUAAGAAUGGAGACCACCUUUCCUCCGCUGGACUGUUCGUUCACAUCAUGGUUGUGGAUGCUGAAUAACACAUGAUUUAUACUGUAUCUGAGAUGAUGAUGAUAUGUGGAAGGGUCGGCAAAAAAUGAGGCAGCUUGAGUGAUUCUAAUGGGUAAAUGAGAAAUUGUGCGAAUAGAGCAACUUUUCUGAAGUUGUGAUGAUGAUGAUCUCGCAUAUCAAUAACUUUUUGUACUUUUUGCAGUUUGUAAAAUACAUUUAUACAUUUUAGUAUGCCAAAUAGAUUACUUAACAUUGAGUGUCAAUCUUUAAGAUUAGUUAAACUGAACAGUUUUUAGAUAUUCAGAUUUUAGCAGAGGAAUAAUUUGAUGGUGGAAUUACCGCUUCAUCCUCUGGGUAGUUUCUCUAGAUACAUGUUUUUAAGCCUGCUUUAGACUUUAUAUCUUUGUCUUAUACGUAGUUACAUACCACAUGCAAGUUAUGUCAUUAUUAAAUAAAUGAGGUACUUUAAAUGCCAUGAUACUCAUAAAAUCAGUGUUUUUGAUCAAACACAUUGCCAACUGUAAACAUCCAUGUUAAGGUGAAAUAAAUGUAAGU